GAAGAGCUGGACCUGCGCAGGAAGACUGAAAUCCAUGAGAUCGAAGAGAGGAAGAAUGGGCAGAUCAACACACUGAUGAAGAACCACGAGAAGGCCUUCAGUGACAUCAAGAACUACUACAAUGAUGUGACUCUGAACAACUUGGCAUUGAUCAACACCCUCAAGGAGCAGAUGGAGGAAAUGAAGAAGAAAGAAGAACAUUUGGAGAAGGAGAUGGCGGAAGUGUUGCUCCAGAACAAAAGGCUGGUGGAGCCACUGCAGCGAGCCCGAGAGGAAGUGGCUGAGCUCCAGAGGAAGCUGGCGCACUACGAGAAGGACAAAAUCAUGCUGGUGAACAUCCGGGCCCGCCUAAAAGUGACUGAGAAGGAGCUGAAGGAUCUCCAGUGGGAGCAUGAGGUGCUUCAGCAGAGAUUCAGCAAG